GGUACCACCAACCUCGUUAAAUAAGUAGGUCAAGCGACUGCCUCUCUUGCCUUCUCUUCUUCUCUUUCUCCCAUUCUCUUGAUCUCUAUGUCUGGGGAUCUUGUGUAAUCAACUAGCAAUGGCAGAGAAGAUCUCCACUAUAAUCUUGAAGGUUGAUCUUGAUUGUCGACGUUGCUACAAAAAGAUCAGCAAAACAAUAUGCAAGCUCCAAGAGAAAGAGAAGAUCCAAACUGUCGAAUUCGACGAGAAGAACAACACGGUAACAAUCUCUGGCCCAUUCAACCCCAAGAAGCUAUGCAAGAAGCUUUGUUGUAAAGCUUGCGAGGCGAUCAAAGACAUUCAAAUCAAAGAGCACAAAGAAAAAGAAAAGCCUAAAGAAACUAAACCGGCUGAACCCAAGAAGGAAAAGCCCAAAGAAACUAAACCGGCUGAGUCAACCGAACCGAAGAAGGAAAAGCCCAAGGAAACUAAACCGGCCGAGUCAUUUCAGCCGAAGAAGGACAAGCCCAAAGAUGAGCCUAAGAAGGAAAAGCCCAAGGCACUCGAACCAGACCCACCAGUCCCCGAACCAGUUAAGGCUGAACCAGUUUUUGUGGCGCAAGAACCCGAGCUAGGGUACCAACCGGUUUGGCCUGGUUCGGGUUCGUGUUGCGGAUGUGGUUGCCGGUCAUGGAAGGAGGGGUACUACGGGUAUUGCAACUGUUGCUGGUGCGGAAGGCGGUACGGGUGGCCGACAACACUUGCCAAUUUGUUUACGAGGAGGAGCCACAAUCUUCCUGUAGUGUCAUGUAAUUAG